AUGGCCGCGCCAUCAGGCACUACUGGAUCUGGAGAUCCUGAUAUGGUCCUAAUCAGUGAGCUCUUGGAAGAGAUAUCGCGCAAUCCUCCGGCCGUUGGAGCAAGAAAGCUUCUCGUGGAGCAUUACAUCUCAGUCGGCUGGCUAGAUGCCGCCAUGGAUAACGCAAAGGAACUCAAGGCUCUGGCUCCCAGGGAUUCCGACGUCGCCAGAUUUCUACAACUCCUCGAGAAGAAACCUCAGCCGCCAGCACCUGAGAAGAAACCGGCAUCCGUAGCAUCUAUUCCUGUGGUUGAGACGCGCGAGUGGGAUCCCAAAACAAGCCGUUACAGGAAGAAGACCGUACCAAAGGCUUCUUCCAAACUGGACGCUCCGUCGAUCGAGUUGAAUGGGGACCUGGAACCUGCGCGUCAAGAGCUCACGCAAGGCUACCAGACACUUCGAGCGAAGGCGAAAUACAUCCUUGCCGAUCUACUGCAUCUGCAAGCGCUUCAGAAGAAGGCUGGCGUGCCUCAAUCGAAGAACGUGGUCAAGCUUGAGGUUCUCGUACAAGGACGUAAAGGAGGAGGUACAAGUAGCCGAGCGGGGCCGCCAGGCAGUGCCCGGUCGGUGGCGCGCACCGUCCGAGACAACCCCAUGGAAGCAACCAGCCUACUCAUCACAGACCUCGAGAACACGAUGGCAUGGUUACGAACGCCACACGGGAAACCCUCGGGCGUAAACAACGAUGUCAUCCGAGAUGCUCUCGUAAAGCGCAACUCUGCCCUCGAGUCUGCCUUGCCGGACGACUUGAAAAAGCAUUGUGAUCUUGCCCUGAUGCACAUCGAGCAUGAGAAUCUCGAGAGAAACUAUGCCAACACCGAGACAAUGCUCGGCGAUGAGGUCAAGGAUAUCCCAAGAGCAAAUUUCUACGUGACUGAAGACAACUAUGCAUGGGACAUGGACGAGCUCGUACAGGCCAUCAAAGCUAACAGCGGUGUGCUCCGUAACCCUCUAAGUAGAGAGAUGUUUACGCCGAAAGACGUCAAAGGAAUCUUGAUCCAUCCGCUCGGGAAACCAUUAGCUGCACUUGCUGUCGAGCAGCAUGAAAUGUCCAAAGGGGUUCGUACUGCGACGAUUGAACAGAUGGAAAAGCUAUCCCAGAUCCUCCUGGAAGACAAUUCAGCCGACACGAUCCCAAGUCGCAAAGCAGUCGAUGAGUUUCUGGCCUACAUAGCGACCUUACCGGAGCUCGAACAGAAGGCCAUUGAUGGCCUCAAAUGCCCCGCGAAAGACAGCCACACAGGGCAGUCGUACGACUUCAGCAUCGGAGAAAGUGUACGCGACGCCAAGGGCAACCGCGUCUGCUUCCACAAAGCAGGCGACUUCAUCAAGCAAGCAGCCACACAUCUACGCCAGAACCAAGGCGUGGCGCCGGAUCCAGAUAAGUGUGUAGUCAUGUAA